AUGGCAACAGAAGGGGCUUUCGUAUCGCGGACUUUCAUCAUUGACACAAUAACUCCAUAUCGUACAUCAAAAAAGCCGAUCGUAGCAGUGAACUAUACGUAUCCGGGCCCAUUACUUGAAGCAAAUGAAAAUGAUACUUGUGUGAUUCGUGUAAUCAAUAAACUUGCACAACCGACGACCAUUCAUUGGCAUGGAAUUUCUCACAGGGGUACACCAGACAUGGAUGGUGCGGUGGGCGCCACACAAUGUGCCAUUCCUCCUAAUGCCGAAAUGACAUACAAAUUCAAAGCUUACCCUCCAGGUACUGCAUGGUACCAUGGUCACUUUUUGGGUCAAACUGUAGACGGUCUAAUUGGUCCAUUCAUUAUUCAUCCAAAAGUAGAGCCGAAUCAAGAGUACUAUGACACUGAACGUAUACUAAUGGUAGCUGAUUGGUACAAUGAUCUUGCACGAACAACGUUAUUAUCUUGGUUUCUAAGUUCAAAAAAUCCAGAAGGCAUUGAACCUAUACCUGAUGCUAUUGUUGUGAAUGGCAAAUUUUCUCAGUCGUUAUUCGUUCAAACAUCCAAUGCAAAACGUAUUCGUUUUAGAAUCAUUAAUGCUGCAGCAUUUUCCAUGUAUACUUUCUCAAUCGAUGGAUUACUAUUACAUAUUACUGAAGUUGAUCAAACACCUGUAAAGCCAUACACAGUCUCUUCCUUUGUUAUCAACGCUGCUCAACGAGUUUCUUGCUUUGUGGACUUGAAUGAAUUAGAUCAAAGCUUUGUACCCGAUGAUGUGCCACCUACAAAAUCAAUUUACAUUCGAUUUAAAGCUGAUCGAGAUAUGUAUCCAGUUGAUAUUAGCAGCUAUAUUCCUCCAUAUGCAACUCAACGUUAUCCAUAUCCAGUAUUUUUCAAUCCAUUAUACCUGGCUAUUUUAUCACUUGAUUCCUGUAAUUCCUUGCCUACAUAUCCAGCCAAUCAAGUAAUUACAGGAUCAUCUAAUCCAGAUUUAGGAGAUCGAGAUGCUAAUCUCUUGCAUGCUCGACCAUUUUAUCAAGCAAACAAUAAAAUUCCCGAUGCAACUCAUUAUCUAAAACUUGUCAUCACAAUUCAUCCGGAUAUCCUUAACAUCAGUCGUGGAUAUAUGAACGAUGUUACAUAUGAUCAUGCUUUGGAUACUACUACCAAUAAAUCUGGUAAGCCAAAAUGCCUAACAUCCGAUAAAGUACCACUGCUCUAUCAGAUGGCAACAAAUCCUAACGAACUUGGCAUUCCAUCUCCAAUCAUAACAAGCGACAGUCCAUUACCAGCUAUACAAAGUGAUGGGCAUGGGCACUACUUAUUUCCGUAUGGAGCCGUCGUUGACAUUGUUCUGGAGAACAGAGAUGAGGGUGAGCAUCCAUUUCAUUCUCAUGGUCAUAACUUUUGGAUCAUAUCAACUUCGGCUAAUCCUGAAGCGGAGCAAUUGUAUCGUGGAGCAUACACAAAGCGAGACGUAGUGAGCGUACCAGGUUCAGGUUGGGCCAAGAUACGGCUUGUAACCAAUAAUCCUGGUGCUUGGCUCUUCCAUUGUCACAUUGAGUGGCACAUGAAUGCAGGACUCAUGGUAGCUUUCAUAGUUGGUCCCAAUGAAUUAUUAGCACAAGGCUACACUAUUAAAUCUACUCACAAGCGUUUUUGCUAA